AUGCACACAUCAUCCAUAGCGAUUAUCUGCCAUCAAGCAAUCAUCGACUUUCUGGGUUCGCUGCUGCUGAUUCUGCAGCUGAACAUUCCCUUACCACAUACGAUCGGCGGCGAGCUGCUGUGCCGUGUGUGUAUCGGGCAUGUCACCCUCUUUCUGCUCUUCGUCGCGUCCACCUACAACCUCCUUGCCUUGACUCUGGGCAGGUACAUCAACAUCGUUAAACCCCUCCGCUUUCGGAUGAUUCAUUCCGGCAAGGGAGUAGCAGCAACGAUAGCAAUCAUGUGGCUGCUUGUCACGUUCAUCAAAUCCUACUCGUUCUUCCUUUACAGCGUCGUCGACGGCCAUACGUGUGUCUUCCGAAACUUCCAAUCCUCCAAGGACCAUAUAACGACAUCAGAGGUGGGUCGGGCGGAGCAGAUGCAUCAGCAGCAUCAGCUUCUCAGGGUAAGAAGGGACAUGUUCGAAAGUCUGGUCAUUGUCUUUGUGACAUUCGUUGUCUGUUGGACUCCCAGCCAGGUCACCUACUUCAUGUUCAACAUUGGUUGGAUCGAUUUGGACGACAAGGGACCUGUUAAUGUCAUCGGAACCAAAAUGACGGCAUGCAACUGUUGCCCCAACCCGAUCAUCUAUUGUUUUAAGUACAAGCUUUUCCGCCAGACGAUCUGUACGAUGAUUGCCGUCCAGGUAACGAACAGUAUGAUUGUCUUAUCCCGACAGCAGCCACUAACACGACCCAGAACUACAACAUGCAAGAGUUCAAAAUGA